AUGUCUCAACAGAGUGUGUUUGUAACGGGCGCCAACGGUUAUAUCGGAUUAGCCGUCUGUCGCGCGUUUGUCAGCGCUGGAUGGAGAGUAUUCGGUCUUAUUCGCAGACCUGAAGCGGCUGCUGAACUCUACAGCGCUGAAGUCGUACCAAUUCUAGGUACCUUUGAUGACUUGUCCAGCCUCUCUGAAUUGUACAAACACGUCAAGAGUGUGGAUGUCAUUGUGGGCGCCACCGAAGUUUUUCCCAACUAUGGAGAGCACUACCUCCAAGUGAACCAGUACAUUCGAUCACUCGCAAAGGUCUCCAACGACCACGGCGUCCGACCUCUGGUACUGUGGACUUCGGGGUGCAAGGACUAUGGCAACACUGGUGUCGACGGAUCCCCAAGCCUUGUACCGCACACCGAGGACUGCCCGGCUACUCCCAGUGUAGCUUUCCUGCAGCAGCGCGCAACCUUUUCCUUGAAGAUUUUUGAGAAUACCGAUCUUUUCGAUGCAGCAGUCUUGCGCCCAACCAAUGUGUAUGGCCGCAGCAGCAGCCACUAUGGUCGCUGGUUCGAGGUUGCGCAAGAGCUCAAGACCACUGGCGCUGAACUGAAGCUCACCAUUGAUCCAAAGUCGAUCUUGCAUGCCAUGCAUGUGGACGAUUGCGGAGAGGCAUAUGUUGCCCUCGCGGAGCACUCUGACCGCAGUCAAGUUGCGGGACAAUGUUUCAACAUUUCAGCACACGCCUACGAGACCUCGGAAGCUGUAUGGCGCGCUCUGGAAAGGGAAUAUGGCAUUGAGGGAAAAGUCCAAUUUGUACAGGAAAGCGACGUCGCUGAACCCACGCCAUUCUCCCUGGCUGGGGUGUUUGGAUAUAGCCAAUGGGUUAGCAGCGUCAAGUUGAGAAAGUUGACUGGAUGGAAAGAUCGGAGGAUGCUAUUCACGGAGAAUUUGCCAGUGUAUCGCAAGGCUUACGAGGUGGCAGUCGCGACAAAGGCUGACGACAUUGCCCGGGCAGACCUGACAAAGGCGUUUCUGGAUACUCAAUAA